UACACGGAUGUGCGCUUGUUUGCUGUCGAACGGGAGAGGAGGAAAAAUAAAUAACAUGACAGGGCGCGGAAAACGAAAAACUAAAUCUACUCCCCAGGAGUCGGAUUGUGCCGACGGGGAGUUGAGGAAGAAAGCCCUGUCAGAGGCGCCGACAGAAGGACGGAGGACGACGACUGAGGUUCCUGCCAGACUGAGGGAGGAGGUGGAGAGACUCUAUAAACUGAAGAUGCCCGAAGACUUUUAUCUCUUCUGGGACUUCUGCUCUUCGCUCAGCCCCGACAACCCCCGGGACGCGCUGAAGGAAACUCUGGGUUUGAGGUUGGUUGGCCCGUUCGACAUCCUGGCGGAGGCCCACCGUAGCUCAGCCGACCCUCAGCCCAACUACCACCUUCACUGGAGGUACUUCUACGACCCUCCGGAGUACCAGACCGUACUACAAGGGAACGCAGCCGACCUGCUACACCUGGGUUACUACAGAGAUAGUCCGGACUCCCUGCCUGUGUUUCUAGGGGAGAAUGAAGCCAGGAAGGGCUGUACCAUCACUCAGAUGGGGGACAACGUGUUUGCUGCUGUCCAUCUGUUUCUGGGUAGGAAGAGGAAGGAGAGGGGCGGGCGUAAGGAAGAGGGCAGGGCUCUGGUUAACCUGGGGGAGGAGUUAAGAGAGAGGGCGGAGUCUCUGGGCUUCUCCCUGGAGCAGAAGACCAAAGGCAUGAAGCAGAGAGACAAGAAG